UAGCUAACUGUUAUACGUAUAUAUGCGUCACCCCUCUAUUUAUUUCUCUUCUUCCCUCUUUCUUCUUUUCAUCAAUCAAUAAUUCGAUUCUCCGUCAAUUUACAACCUGCAUACACCAACACACGCAUAUUUCGACGGUAUGGCAUUGGAUAUGGCUGAGCCUCAUGCAUUGGAGAUGUCGUCGGAUCAAGCAAACGAUCUCUCAAGAUGUCUACCGAUAAGAUUACCUUCUUGAUGAACUGGCACGCGACGCCAUACCAUGCUCCGGUCUACUUGGCCCAGAAGAAAGGAUACUUCGCCGACGAGGGUAUCAAGGUUGCUCUGUUGGAGCCGAAUGACCCAUCCGAUGUCACCGAGAUAAUCGGAAGCGGAAAAGUUGAUAUGGGAUUCAAGGCCAUGAUUCACACUCUUGCCGCCAAAGCCCGUGACUUCCCCGUCACGUCCAUCGGCUCCCUCCUCGACGAGCCCUUCACCGGCGUCGUCUACCUCAAGGACAGCGGCAUCACCACCGACUUCACCUCCCUCAAGGGCAAGCGCAUCGGUUACGUCGGCGAGUUCGGCAAGAUCCAAAUCGACGAGCUCACCCGCCACUACGGCAUGACGCCCGACGAGUACACCGCCGUCCGCUGCGGCAUGAACGUGUCCAAGGCCAUUAUCGAGGGCACCAUCGACGCCGGUAUCGGACUUGAGAACGUCCAGAUGGUCGAGCUUGAGGAGUGGCUCGCGUCCCAGGGCCGUGCCCGUGACGACGUCCAGAUGCUUCGCAUUGACGAGCUCGCCGAGCUGGGAUGCUGCUGCUUCUGCUCCAUCUUGUACAUCGCCAACGAUGCCUUCAUUGCCGCGAACAAGGACAAGGUCGCUGCGUUCAUGCGGGCCGUCAAGCGUGCUACCGACGAUGUCAUUUCCAGCCCCGCUGAGGCGUACAAGGAGUACAUUGACGUCAAGCCGCAGAUGGCUGACCCUGUCAACCGCAAGAUCUACGAGCGCUCGUACGCGUACUUCUCACAGGACCUCAAGAAUGUGGAGCGUGACUGGAAGAAGGUGACUGCGUACGGGAAGAGACUGGGUGUUUUGCAGGAGAACUUUGUGCCGAACUACACCAACGAGUUCCUGACCUGGAACUUGGAGGGCGACUCGGCUGACCCAACUGGCGACCAGAAGCGCAUGGUCGACUUGCAGAAGGAGGUCGCUUGCUGUGGUGGUUUCCGCAGACUGAAUGUUCAGGUUAAGGCUUGAUUGCAUUUUGGGAUCCUACUUUCGUCUUGGCUGUAAAGCCGGAUGAGCCAUUCAUUUCGAAAAUGAGUUUAUAAACCCUAUAUAACGCCCUAGUAGCAGUAGAUCUUAUGAAUACUCGUCUACUGGUACAAUAUAUGGUGCAGCUCACACUUGACACUAACCCUACGGCCAAAAGACUGCAAAUUUAGAGCCGCUGUAUAUCAUAAUUCAAACCACCCUCUCCAACGUAAUUAGCUACGCCAUUAUAUUAAGGUUUCCAUGAGCUUAAUGCCUUCUCCUGAAUCUCCCAAAUUGGCCUAGCCAACUCCACGAACUUGCUACCGAAUUGGUCCAGCACAAGCCGGACAUGGUCCUCCUUAGCUGUACUAUCUCGACUUCCCGUUCCAUUUUCGCCACCAAAUGUUGCAUUCCACCAGGCCUGUUUCCACUCCUCAACCGCUAGCUUUGCAGCAUCUGAAUGGGGUUGGACACCACUUGCGACAAGGUAAAACGAUGAUCUCUUCGCAUGCUUCUUCGCGGGUUUAAAUACCUGGACUGAAGAGAAGCUGCUGAAGCGAUAUAUAAUCUCUAAGGUGUCCCAUCCCUCAAUCUUAUGUAAUAAGACAACGAUUGUUCCACCCGAUCGAAUGCGCUGGAGUGCCAAAAUCAACUGCGAAACGGUCAAGCGACGUGCUUCAUAAUGCUCUCGAUAUUCGGGGCGCUCAUGCGUCCGAAGUACCUGGCCGUCACAAAAUAUCAAUUGGAACGUCUGGCCCCAGAAUGGCCUCUCGUCGCGAAAGCUGGUGCGAUCAGGGUGCGUGAGGGGUAUCAUCUCCACGCCAUACUCCUUCCCCAACAUCGUAACGUCGAGGAAGAGCAUGGUCGAGCUAGAGCGCGUUGCCUUGGGAUUGUACUUUAAUGCACUAGCUGUAUAGCCACCCGGCGCCAUGCAGAUAUCUAAAAUAUUCAUAUUUCCUUCAGGGUUGGACUGUUGACUAAGGCAACGGGUGCAGCUUUGCAUCUCGUCUCCGAUUUCUUGCAUCAUCUUAUAUAACCUAUAAGCCUCUUUAUUCUUUGCACCAUCGGCCGCGCGGCGUUGUCGUGCAAAAUAUUCGUCUCCGCGCUCGUUCUUCCACCC